GUUACUGUCCCGCGAACCCACAUCCCUACAAAGCAGGAAAGUAUGCUUGGGAGAGGCCAAGUGAGUGGGGAAUCAGCCCAAAGCCAGGCGUCCAGGGUCUCCCUCACCUGAAGCUGACUUUUUCCCCACCUUGGACAGAGGGCGGGAGAUGCCAUCCCCACUGAACCCAGUGCUUUCACCAGCCAUAUUAGCUCCCACUCACCCCUCGUCGUGGAAGCCUCGGCCGUCACACCUGCAGGGCCGGGGCGUGCAUGGCCUCAGGGAUGGCCUGUUCAGCUGCUGGGUGACUUGGGUCCAGGUGCCUCACCACCUGCUGAGCUCUGUGUGAUUUCUGGACACUUCUGCUCGUUGCCUUUGGGCUCAGUGAAGAGUCUGGAGUUUAUCUGGAGUGAGGUGGCCGGGUCUUGGUGGGAUCUGAGCAGAGUCCAUUCAGGAGCAGGAAAGUUCAUCUCAGACCCUAAAUCCAGCCACGUCAUACCACGCUUAACACCUCUAACAACUUCCCCUGGCACUUAGGACAGCGUCUGGCUCCUUCCCUCAGCUCGUGGCCCUCAGAAUCUGCGUCACACACACCCUAGCUCUCCCCAUAGGUCUCUGCACUCGCUGUUGCCUCUGCCUGGAACAGUCUCCCUCCUGGUGUCAUUGUCUCUGUGGUGUGUCCUUCCUGACCUUCCACCUCCACCAGGAGCCGACACUUCCCCGACCCCAGUAACCUCUUCUCUUGGGUGAGUGAAUGCCACCUGCUGAUGUCUGAUUUAUUCAUCGGUUUUCUUGUCUGUAGUCUGUCCCCCUUGGGGACAGGGACUUGUUGCUCAUGUUCACCUGGCAGGCUGGACGCUUCGUGGAGGGCUCCAAAGCUGGCAGAUCCCGGGGCCACCUCUGUCUCUCCCAGGCCCUGCGUGUUGCGGUGAGAGGAGCAUUUGUGUCUCUGUGGUUUGCUGCUGGAGCUGGUGACCGGGAGAGAAACAAGGGAGACAAGGGUGUCCAGACAGGUGCGCGGCUCAGCCAGGAGGCAGAAGACGUGGACGUGUCCCGGGCCAGGAGGGUCACAGAUGCACCACAAGACACUCUGUGUGGCACUGGGAACAGGAAUUCUGGGAGUCAGUCUGCAAGGGCGGUGGGCGUUGCUCACCUGGGAGAAGCCUUUAGAGUGGGCGUUGAGCCGGCCAUUAGCUCGUGCCCUGAGGAGGUGCAUGGGUGGCAUGGGCUUUCCACGGAAAUUAUGUGGGCGCGAAUGGAUGUGGCUCUGCGCUCACCUGGGCGAGCACUUCUGGCCGGUGCCGGGGCACUCUGCAUGACCCUGGCAGAAUCGAGCUGCCCUGACUAUGAAAGGGGAAGAAGAGCAUGCCUGACCCCCAACUGGCACCCCACCCCUCACUGCUCCACCUGGGGCCUGCCUCUGCGGGUGGCUGGGUCCUGGCUGACUGUUGCGACUGUUGAGGCCCUGGGGGGGUGGCGCAUGGGAGUUAGGAGGACUGGCCAGGUGGGGCCCACUAUGCACCCACCCCCAGUGUCAGGUGCUUCCCCUCUCCUCCUCCACCUCCUCCUCAUCCUCAUCAUCCUCCUCCUCACUUGUUGAGGACGUCCUGUGUGCCAAGUGGUUUAUAUGCCCAGCCUCAUUUAAUCCUCAGAAUGACUCCAUGAGGUAGCUACUCAAACCCCCCACUUAACAGAUGAGGAAACUGAGGCCUAGAGAAGCUCAACAAGUUGCCUAAGGUCCAAGUUUCCUCUCCCAACUCUCCUACCCUCUCCUCUUCCUUCUCCUUUCUCCCAUUCUUCCCUGCCUCUUCCCUAACUAGACAAUUUUUUUAUUGAGUGUCUCCCAGGUGCAGGCAUGAGCCAGGUGCUGGGAAGAUCACGAUAACCCAGCUCCUUCUGGUCGUUUUCUCAGCUGGUUAGAGGCUGGGAGGACACGCAAGUUCAGCUCCAGUCGACUAGGGCUUUGGUGGUAGCCCCUGGAGACAUUGUGCAAUGGGGCUACGAGGCUGAAUGUAGCUCCAGGGAAGCGUGUUGCAAUCCAUGAGUGAUGUCUGCCAUGCGUACAGGCAUGGAGAGUGAGGCACCUGUACUGUCUUCCUGUAGACUCUAGACUGGUGGGGCCUCUGAAAUGCAUCCAGACACUGUGCUGGGUGUGUCGCAUGGCCCUCCCAACCAAUUCAGCAUUUUUCUCCCCAUUUUCCAGGGAGAAAUCUAAGGUGUCAGAAUGUAAGGUUCUCAUCGGAACCCAGGCUCCAGGGUCCCUGGUUUUCUGUGACAUCAUGCUGCAGGACCCUGUUUCUCUCUUUGCUUUGGCUGCUGGGGAGCUCAGAAGGGAGCUUGAGGCUUGCUCUCAGCCACCACAUUAGCUCAGGGGUUUGGGCAUUUUUGUCGCCGUCUCCUUUGGGCUCUGUCUCCUCCCUGCUGUGCUUCCCGAGGAGCAGGCCGGAUGUAAGUUAUCAACUAUAAAUAAAACCAAGACUUCCGUUCUGGCUCUCA